GGUUGUUGGUUUGUCUUGGUGGAUUUUACUUAGCGAGAUUUCUUAUCAUGUUAGGAGUUUAUAUAAAUUUUUUGAUUGGUGAGGUUGAGAGUUCUUUUGUUUAUUACAAAUGGUACAAUGUUUGGUUUGAGAGAAUAAAUCAUAAGGAUAUUGGUCCUUUCUAUUUGAAUUUUGGUUUCUGGCCUGGUAUGGUUGAUGCUGGUUUAUCUAUUUUGAUUCGUGCGGAUAGAGAUCAGUUGUGUAAUGGUGUUAUUAGUUCUCUUGCUAUUAUAAUCUUUUUUAUGCUGAUGUCUAGUGCGCCUGACAUGAGUUUUCCUCGUUGGAAUAAUGCAAGUUAUUGGUUAAUGACAAUGUUAGUUUUGUCUGCUCGUUUGAUAAAUAGUUCUUGUGGUACUGGUUGGACUGUCUAUCCUCCUUUAAAUACUAAUGGUCAUCUUGGUAAUAAGAUUGAUUUGGCCAUUUUUAGUUUGCAUUGUUCUGGUUCUAUUUUGGGAGGUAUUUAUUUUAUGGUAUUUUAUGGCUGCUGUUUAAAAUAUACCUAA